CUGCACUUUGCUUCUUAACUGUAAAGACAGGAUCUACCGCUGCUCUUCAUCAUGUGCAAGUUCUUGAUCAUCUGUGGUUGUUUGCUGGCGGUCGCACAGGCUGGCGUGAUCGGCGGUGGUUUGCUCGCGACUGCGCCUGCGGCGCUUGCGGUGCAGCCGGGUGCAGCAUCCCUCCCUCUAUCUGCGGCCACGGUCGCACUACCGACUAUCUCAACGUCCAGCUCUAACAUAAUUCGGGGUAUCGGUAACUUAGGUGCCAUUUCAGCCUACGCCAAGAGCGUAGACACGCCAUUCAGUAGCGUCAGGAAAGCGGACGUGCGCGUUAACAAUCCUGGAAUCGUGACGGCGACCGCUGUGCCCGCCUCUGUACUCACGGUCGCAAAUACUGCUCUUGCAGGACCUGUGGUUACGUCUGCUCUUGCGCCUACGCUCCUUGCGCCUGGACUGACCACUGCGCUCGCUGGAUCAGGUCUCACCACCGGUCUGUCGCCUCUAGGACUCAACGGUUUGGCCUUGAACGGUUUAGGAGCAGUCAAGGUUCUCUAAGGGCUUUGCCAGAACGACCACGGAUCGUCGGAGAGGAUUAGAAACUUGAUUCUUCGACGCUGCCAACUACGCGUUUACGUUUACAACGACGACUGAUCGUUGUUGCGACGGAAACGAUUCUACAUGUCACAGAAUGUAAUAAUCGAACAUCGAAUAAACGUGAAAACGUUACGAUACGUCUGAGUUUACCGGCUUAAUUUACACUAUACUCAUUUGCGACACCUCGGACCACAAAAUAUCGACAGCGUUUACACCGCACGACGGUAAUAUUCUCACAAAGCUUGUCAAAUUUAUAAAAGCUACCAAUAAAAUAUAAAUAAAUUA